GAUCCCCUUGAGUCAGGGGCUUGUGCCGGAGCUGAGCUCUUCCCUCCCUGAAACGGGGGGUUGUGACACCCACCCCUCAUCUCUAGCGCCCCCUCCUCACCUAGUUGCCCUGCUCUGACAUUUCUCCUCCUUAGCUGCUCUCUCCCUUCUGCCUCGCCACCUCCCUCCUUUCCUUCCUCUUCUCCCAUCUAAUCUUUGCAUCAUCCCCCAGCUGUGAUAGGGAUAGGGGUGGCUGUCCCCAGCGCGGGAGCUGGGCUCACCCCUUGGGUUAUGAGCCUGACUGUCUUUGGGAUCUUACAGGGCUGUCUGCCAGUUACAUACUGUCCCAGGAUUGUCCCACAUUCUCCAUCCUGGCCCUGCUGGUGCUUCCUCUCCCAGCUAGCUUUAGGCAAAGGCCUCCCCAGGCCUGUUAUCUUCACUAGGAAGCAUGGAGUUUGCGGAGCUAAUCAAGACCCCUCGAGUUGAUAAUGUCGUACUGCACCGCCCUUUCUACCCUGCCGUGGAGGGGACUCUGUGUUUGACUGGCCAUCACCUCAUUCUUUCUUCGCGGCGCCAAGAUGACGCUGAGGAACUGUGGCUGCUGCACUCCAAUAUUGACUCUAUUGAAAAAAGGUUUGUGGGCUCACUGGGUACCAUCGUCAUAAAAUGUAAAGAUUUGCGAAUUAUUCAGCUGGAUAUACCUGGAAUGGAGGAGUGUUUGAACAUUGCUAGCUCUAUUGAGGCUCUUUCCACCUUGGAUUCUGUCACUCUCAUGUAUCCGUUCUUUUAUCGACCCAUGUUUGAAGUUGUUGAAGAUGGCUGGCGCUCUUUUCUGCCUGAGCAAGAGUUUGAGCUUCUCAGUUCAGUAACAGAUGAAUGGCGUCUAAGCUGCAUCAAUAAGGAAUUCUCUAUCUGUCCUUCCUACCCUCCAUUCGUCAUUGUCCCCAAAUCCAUUGAUGAUGAAGCACUUCGGAAAGUUGCCAUGUUUCGCCACGGCAGUCGCUUCCCAGUCCUCAGCUAUUAUCAUAAGAAGAAUGGUAUGGUAAUGAUGCGAAGUAGCCAGCCUCUUACAGGUACAAAUGGGAGACGAUGUAAAGAAGAUGAGAAGCUUAUUAAUGCCACACUACGGGCAGGCAAGCGUGGCUACAUUAUUGAUACGAGGUCCCUGAAUGUCGCCCAGCAGGCCAGGGCCAAAGGAGGAGGUUUUGAACAGGAAGCACACUAUCCGCAGUGGAGGAGAAUUCACAAAUCUAUUGAGAGGUUUAAUAUUCUGCAGGAAAGCCUCAUCAAGCUUGUGGAAGCUUGUAAUGACCAGUCGCACAAUAUGGACCGUUGGCUCAGUAAACUGGAGGCUUCUAACUGGCUGACUCACAUCAAGGAGAUACUAACUGCAGCUUGUCUAGCUGCUCAGUGUAUUGAUAGGGAAGGGGCAUCGGUGUUAGUUCAUGGGACUGAAGGAACUGAUUCUACGCUCCAGGUAACUUCUCUGGCACAGAUUAUCUUGGAUCCAAAAUGUAGAACCAUACGUGGCUUUGAAUCUCUCGUUGUGAGAGAAUGGCUUCAGGCUGGUCACCCUUUUCAGCAGCGCUGUGCCCAGUCAGCCUACUCGAACAGCAAGCAGAAGUGGGAGGCCCCAGUGUUUCUCCUCUUUUUGGACUGUGUGUGGCAGAUCCUUCGUCAGUUCCCUUGCUCCUUCGAAUUCAGUGAACACUUCCUCAUCAUGCUCUUUGAACACGCUUACGCUUCGCAGUUUGGGACGUUUUUGGGCAACAAUGAAAAUGAGAGGUCUAAACUGAAGCUGCAGCAAAAGACUAUGUCCCUGUGGUCCUGGGUGAACAGGCCUCAAGAACUGAGCAAAUACAAGAAUCCUCUUUUUGAGGCCAACAGUCUUGUCAUCUGGCCCUCUGUUGCCCCGCAGAGCUUGCAGCUCUGGGAAGGUGUCUUUCUUCGGUGGAACAGGUCUUCCAGGUUCCUUGACGAAGCCUAUGAAGAAAUGGUCACCCUUAUAGAAUACAACAAGCAACUGAAAGCAAAGGUUAAUGCAUUGAGGAGGAAGUUAGCAGAGCUGGAAACAGAUGAUCGAAUGCAGGAGAACGCAUGAGCUUGCAGGGCUUUGGACUCGGGUUUUUCCUUUCAACUCCUCUUUACACUAAAGACUAGACAUGGAAAGUGCAUGUGUUGCAGAGCCCUCUGGUGCAACUGAUCCUCAGUCCUCCCACUGCUGAAACCUUCACUUCACACUAUGUACGUCCCUGCUGUUUGGGAGAGAUCUCUUUUGUUUACAGAAGACGUACACAACCAGGCGUGGUAUCCUCUCUUGGCAGCUUUUCUGUCUCCAAUAAAUUGUGCACAGUGUCAGCAUAAGCUGGAACUCUUACCUCUGUCCAACUCUGUUUGGAUGACCAGGAUGGGCCAAGAGACGGGAUGUUUCAAAUUUGUCUUGGACCUUCUCUGUUGAACUCUCUAAACACUCCGUUUGCAGGAAUAAAAUACAAAGUUAUAGGUAGAUAAAGGCAUUUUGUCUGAAAGCACUUUUUUCCCCCCAAGAGUAGGUCAGGCAGCUUAGUUCUUUAGUGUCCUAGAAAUUCUAGAACUGGUAGUUAGAUCAUACCGUUUUCUACACGUUUAUACAACACCUUCAGAAGCCUUCACAUCUAACGUUUGGUUGUUGUUUUAAGAAUUGGCUAGGGAGCAGUGCUUGAAUACCGAACCAGGGCAAGAAACUUCAGUGCAAUACAGAAUUCAAGCAGGAAUUCUUUUAGCUUUUAAGCCAUGACCUUCGGGUGGAAUUGUCCCUCAUGGACAAAUAUCUCUCAACAAAUAAGCUUUAUUUUAUUCCACCUGGAAAACAGAGGCUAAAUAGUUGGCAGAGGUGUUCACUUGCUGAGUAAAACUGUGACUUGGAACUGUCCUUUUAACUAGAGCCACGCUGCCCUCUUGAAACUUCUGGUUGCACUGGCUGUUUUUGUAAGUUUAAAUAGAUUCACAGCAUUGCUAGGGUGCAAGGGCACUUACAGCACCUUUUAAUCUACAUCUCAACAAAAGUUUUUGCUCAAAAAAAAUUUUUGCUUCAGGUGUAGUUUUUCCUCUCAUGUUCAUACAAGGUAUUCUACAUCCUUUGUGUUACACAGUCAAAAGCAAAAGGUGGGACUAGGUCUGAGCUAACAUAUCAGGUAUCUUUUGCAGAUUAAAAGGCUGUCACGCUACAAAAACGCUCACUUGUUUAGAUCGCUUGUAGCUGCUAAAACUACUUCUUGUAGCUGCUAAAACUACUUAAAGAUACUAGGGGUCAGCUUUUUUUCCCCAAGUUAAUGUUGUCCUUUGUAGCUGUUCUUUGUUUCUGUGGCUGCAAUCUGCCUCCCUUUUAAUUCAGAUCUUUGCUGGAGAUUCUUUUUCUUCCUUUAAAAAGGCAGUCGAGAAUAGGUCUGAAAUACUAACUCACCUAGACAUUUGUUCAACUUGAUUCCAUUGGUAGCUGUACAUGACUGAGAAGAUUUGAAUUAAACAGAUUGUUUGGCUGGGAUUACUUUAAAAGUUGCUCACUGUUAGCUGCUUUCUUCUGAAGUGAAUGGAGCUGCAUUAGGUCAAUGUUGACCACUGUGGAAAGCGUUGAACUUCUCUUAGCCAUGGCAUUUUCUGUUUUGGAGUGAAGAUGCCUUUAUUUAAAAGCUGCUUUCACAGAAAUACAUGUGUGUGUAUAUGAGGAUGGAGGGUAUUUAAUUGUCUUAGAAGCAUCUGGAGAGUGGUGAUUUGCAAAAAUCCUAUAACCUAAAUAUGUUCUAAAAAUAAGUGUUCCAUAAGCAAGGAAAUCAUUUAUAUAAAAUUACUCGAUAGUGAUUUUUAAAUGCUACCUUAAUGCCUUUUACUUCAGUCCUUGUUUCCUUAAGUAUUUUCUUCUUGACUAGCCUAAGCUUGGUCCUAAAGUGUUUGUUUUUGUUUUUUUGUCUCUUCUCUCCCCAGAAGGGUUAACCUGCAUGGUUUCAUUUUACCAGGGCUGGUCUCUUUAAAAAGAGAUCCUUGUUUAACAGAAGUAGCCUGAGGGCAGAUAGGUAAUCUCCCCCCCCCAACCCCCCCCCAAUUUUAAUAUUAAAUUAUUUUUAGAUUUGGAGAAGAAUAGUCUUGUUCACUAAAUCAAGAUUGACGUAGGGAGUAGUUUUCUGGGCAGGCUAGUGAUCUUUAUUGCAUAAUGGGGAGACGCAGGUUGGGCAAGCCUUCCUCCCACUGCCAAACCCCUGAUUUUGGAACUGUCUUCCAGAUAUUUAGAUGUAGGCCCUUGAAAUUACUGCUCACCCUUUAAAGUUAUGGCUAUGUUGUCUGCACCUGCCUUGGAGGAGUAUUCCUAUCCAAUUCAGCAUUUCUGCUGUGCCUGUCUGUCUGAAAUGCACCAUUACUAGUCAGAUGGGAAGGAUUCAGAAGGGACUGUUUUUUUUCCCCCCAUAAUAGACUAUACAUAAAACAUUUAAAGGUUAUGUAAUUUCCUAACAUAGUAAUUAUAUAUUGAGCUAAAUAAUAGAGAAGCAAAGAGGUUUUUUGAUCUAAUUGCCUGGCUGUUCUAGUCUCUCAUGCAAACUGCAUGCAUCUGAGAAAAUUGGGUAACCAGCUGUGACAGCUAAUAAAAGGCAGAAUAAUCUUUGAGCUGGCAUUUUAUCCUUGACUUAUGUUUCAGGCCUGAGUCCACCCUUAAGUGGUGUGUGUGUUUGCCUUGGCUUAGUGGUAGUGUGGAUCACAGCCUUAACGUUAAAAUGCUAGUGUAGCUCCGAACAGUGACAGUAGCUCUUUCCUGCUUCCUCUGCCAUACAGCACCUUGCAUUGACAACAAAUCACAAAACUUGGAGGCUUAAGUUAACUUCCAAAUAGUCGCCUUCCUGAGACGCUGCCUGGGAGCAGUCCUGCAAGAUAUUGCAUGUGCUGGAGUUAGGGUAGGAUGUUUGGACCCUUGCAGGUCGUCUUGGGAGAACACAGUUCCCGAACCUUUUGUGGUAGCCUAUUUACAUGUUCUUUUUUGACCUUUUCAUCCCCAGCGCCUUCCAGGCUUGAGUCUGGUGGCUACUGAUAAUACACAGUGGAGCCCUCCAGUUCUUUGCUUACCUGUACGUCCACAAUCUUUAUUCACAUACUUAAUGCUAAUGAUCAGCCUGCUGCUUCUUAGAGAGGGAAGCUUGCUGGACUCCUUGCCUCACAACGUCACUGACACGCUGUUCACAGGUUACCCGCGUGUACCUGAGCUGUAAGCAUUGUGGUAGCGUCCAACUCUGGCACUUCAGAGUGGCAUUGCCUUACACUAUUGCUGAGACACCUGCUUCUGUUCUUUAGCACAUGGCUAUCCACGUAACAAGCUGGACACAGAGCCCCCUGAAAACUCCAGGGGUCAAUCAGUGUGGGCACUCUGCCAUUUACCAAAAAAAAGGGAAGAAGAACUAACUUGCACAGUUUUCAUAAACACAAAGGGAAUAUAUACCUUCAAAAUUUUGAUUGUAUUGCUCUAACUCUUGAAUGUGGCGAUCUGUUGAAGUGCACUAUUGUCCAUGUUGCAUAUGAUAUAACUUAAAUUGCACUGUAUAGCAUAUUGGCGUCUCACGUAUGCUUUGCUAAAGCCUUGGAAAGUGCUAUCGUGUACAGGUUCCUGUACGAGGGAAGAUGUCUAUACUAGCAAUUCUACCUUUUUUGUAACUGUGACAUUGAAUAGCACUGUGUGAAGUCGUGUAUUAUAUAUCUGUUACCUAGUUCAAAUUUGUGGAGUGCAUUUCUGUCCAAACAUCUGGAAUUGCUAAUUGGA